AUUUUUAAACAAAUACAAAAACUUUAUUGUAUAUAAAAAGUAAUUAAACAAUGCAAGCGCCACGGCUUUUGAGGACUUAUGCUUUAAACUCAGUUCUGCAUUUUACUACCCGCCAGAGUUCCUUAUCUUAAAAUCUUGAAGGUACCUUCUCUCGUCAGCAAUACCCAACGUACAUAAAUUUUCUACUUGACCAGCAGCUUCAGAGCAACAAAACCCAAGCGACAGACCUUCCUUGACCAGUCUUAGUGGUCUGACGAACACUGAGGAGGCGGAUUUGUGAAUUAACAGCAUUGAACCACAAUAACCCCGCAUGGUUAAGAGCUAUGAAGAAACCCAUUUUAAUAUUUUUUUCUAUACUAGAAGUGGAGAUAUACCUCAAGCUCAGGAUAUAGUGCCCGCAAACACUACCCAAUGAAGUUUUAAAACGUUUCAAGCUGCAGAAACAUUAAAUUAUCAACCAUGAGGUAUAUUAAGUUAGGCAAAUUACUGCAAACCUUGAAAUAAAAACUCACAACCAGUCUGAUGUUCAUUGAUAUUGAAGGUUAUAACUGCUUUCCCGUCCCCGGUAUUUGCAACAUACAGUAUUUUAUUUUUAUUUCAGUCCGAGCAAUAUGUGUUUUUGUGACUGUACAACCCAUUCUUAAACAGAAAUGAAAAAUUUCUGAGACAGGAGCUGGAGGUCGCAGGAUCCACUGACAGGAGGAGCCACAAAACUCUAACAUUGCGGCCAGAGGAAGGAGCUGAACCCGGGGAUCAGUCGGGCUGAGCGGCCGCGGCAGCUUCAGGCCUGGGACAUCUUUAUUGAACGCAGACCGAGAUCAGCCGCAGAGAUAGUAGGAACUGCCGAUGCUGGAGAAUCUGAGAUAACAAGGCGUAGAGCUGGAUGAACACAGCAGGCCAAGCAGCAGAAGGGUCUAGACUCGAAAUCAGUCGCAGUUUUGAAUUCGCGAUUUCCGAGCGGUUUGUGCCUCACCCGGACCCGUCAGCAGGUCCCCUGAGGCCAGCGCCAUGGAUUUGGAGCAGGAGGCGAAGUUUAAAGCGGCGGCGGUACCGGCCGAGCCCCCUAAGGCCGGAGAAGUGGUGGAGGGUGAAGUUUCGCCCCCGGACGGUACGGCCGAGCAGCCGGGGCCCAGCGGCGCAGAAUCGGCAGUGGUGGUGGUGGCGGCGGCGGCGGUGGCGGUGGCAGUGAAGGAGGAAGAAGAGGGGACGGCAGCGGAGGCCGCGGGUGGGAGACAGGCCCAAACGGACAAGAAGCCGGCGGCGCCCCGGGAAGGCGGUGCCGAUGAGGAUGAGGACGAUGAGGAUGGAGACGCCGUCCACCAGGCCAAGAGGCUGCGGGUGGAGCCGGCCAGAGACAAAAAGGACAAGAAGCAGAAGGUGGACGAGGACGAAAUCCAGAAGAUGCAAACACACCCAUCAAUGCAACAGACUGAUCAAUACCUUUGACCCAGACCUCCAGAGUAUCCUAUGCACUCUCAUUGCAUGUACUUCUUGCAUCGGAGACUUCUGCCUUCGAAAGAUACACAAAGACUUAACAACUGGGCAUCCCAUUCUAUCAAGCAACGGGACCCUGUGUGAGAAGCUUUCUGGCUAUAUUGAGGCAUCUUGAAACUCAUUGUACAAGGAACCCCCAGCUUCUGUCGCGACACUACAGACUUCUGGCAGAAACUCAUCAUCCACCGACCAGUCGAACCAGGAACAUUCCUCGUCACAAUGGAUGUUUUGGCACUCUACACCAGCAUCCACCACGACAACAGCACCGCCGCAACAGCUUCAGUACUCAAUACCAACAACUACCAAUUUCCAGAUGCCAUCCUAUGAUUUAUCCGCUUCAUCCUCGUCCACGUUUUCACUUUCGACAGUCAGCUCUUCAUCCAGACACACGGAACAGCCAGGGGAACCAAAUCUGCACCCCAAUAUGCCAACAUUUUCAUGCACAAGUUUGAGCAGGACUCCAACCAACGCUUAUACACCAGAUACAUCAAUGACAUUUUCUUCCUUUGGAUUCAUGGCGACGAAUCACUGAAAUGACUACGCACCAAGUUUCAUCCCACCAUCAGACUUGCCAUGAACUACUGUUCAGAAUCUCUCAUUCUUGGGGACACACAUCUCCAUCAGGGACAGACACCUCAGUACCUCACUCUAUCGCAAGCCUAAGGAGAACCUCACGAUGCUGCACUUCUCUAGCUUCCACCCUAAACAGGUUAAAUAAGUCAUCCCCUAUGGACAAGCCCUGCAUAUAUACAAGAUCUGCUCAGACAAGGAGGAAUGUGAUGCUGAAAGACACGGCCAUAAGAAUGGGACACAAUGCUUAACUGAUUGAUCGCUAGUUCUGAUGUGCCUAAGCAAAAAACUGUAACGAGCUCCUCAGGAGACAGAUAUAGGACAUGACCAAUAGAGUACCCUUUGUCAUCCAGUACUUUCCUGGAGCAGAGAAACUAUGUCAAUAUGUCAUCAAUGACCACAAACACCUCGCCAAGAUCAUCCCUACACUUCCACUUCUCACCUUCAAACAGCUGCCAAACCUUAAACAGACCAUUGUUGGCAGCAAACUACCCAGCCUUCAGGACAACAUUAACCACAACACCACACAACUCUGUCACGGCAACCUCUGCAAGACAUGCCAGUUCAUCGACAUGGAUACUACCAUCUCACACACGGGAACACCAUCCACCAUGUACGUGGCAGAUACUCGUGACUGGGCCAAUGUUGUCUCCCUCAUACGCUGCAGGCAAGGAUGCCCCAAGGCAUGGGAUAUUGGCGAAACCUUGCAGAUGCUAUGACAACAGGUGAAUGGACACCAUGUAACAAUCACCAGACAGGGACGUUCGCACCCAGUCGGGGAACACUUCAGCAGUCAAGGACACUCAGCCUCAGAUCUUUGGGUAAGCGUCCUCCAAGGCGGCCUUUGAAACACCUAACAAUACAGAAUCGUCGACCAGAAAUUGAUAGCUAAGUUCCGUACCCAUGAAGACGGCCUUAACCGAGAUCUUCGGUUCAUGUCUCACUACAUGUAACCCCCACCAUACUGUUCUGUAUCUUAAGAUCUUCCUUACUAUCUUGUUUUGACACUAUCACCUUGAUAACUUAUGAUCUCACUACCUUAAUUAAUUUGU